AUGAACAUUGAAUUUCGAACAAAACCAGGAAGAAAACGAAAAACAAAGGAUGGUGAUAUAUGUCUUGUCUGUGGUGAUCCAGCUAUUGGUUUGAAUUUUGGUGUACAAACAUGUUCACCAUGUAAAGCAUUUUUUCGACGAAAUGCUGUUAAACUUGGUACAAUUGAAUUUCAAUGUCGAGGUGAUGGAGAUUGUCCUGUAACAAGUGAAUCACGUCGACAAUGUAAUUGUUGUCGUUUAGCAAAAUGUAUUCGUAUUGGUAUG